GUCAUCGAUCUUGCUCCACCUCUAGAUUAUUUGUCUUUUUAUUUGACUAAAAUAAAAUAAUCAAAGCAAAGCAGACGCGUCGCAGGCACUCCAAACGGACUCGCAUUCGAUCGGCUAGUAAACGAAGACCGUGCAACUAAAAGAAGCCAAGUUCUAAGCCCAACUACGCGCAGUUCGCCGCCCAGAUCGGCCCGAUCGCAGUUGUUUUCCCCGCUCGCUGUUUACCUUGCCUGCCCCCCCACAUGUGGGCUCACACUUUGUUUGUUUGCGAAACUCUGGGCGUGAGUUAGCCAUGCAGUGAGCGCACGUCCCCGGGAAAUCGGAGGAAAUACGGGAAAACUCCAGAAAUCGCAGUGCUGACUCCGCCAGCAACAACAACUCGGUCUCGGAAUCGGAAUCGGAGGCGCAUUGUGCGAGCGAGAGGCGGCGACAGAGUGAGAGUGCCAGUGGCAGUGCGAGUGCGAGUGCGAGCGGGACGGAGAGCAGGAGACGCAGGCGAGUGGGCAGCAGGAGAGGCGGGGAGGAGGAGCGGUGCACAGAAUGGAUGUUGAAAUACCUGUUUUGGCUGGAUAUCUUAAUGUGCCGACCCAAACUGGAUUUUCGCUAAAUCGCAUCUCGAAAAAGAAAGCAUGCAGUCGCUACUGUUUGCUGUUCAAGGCCAGUCGGCACGGGAUCGCCCGCCUGGAAAUGUGCGAGAGCAAGGAGGACCGCAACCCCAAGAUCUUCACCCUGGAGAACUGCGUAAAGAUCACGCAGGAGCCGCCGCCCGACCGCCUCAUCCACAUCGUCAAGCAUCACGUGACCCUCACGCUGAGCACCAGUAGCGAGGAGGACCUCAAGGACUGGAUCACCGCCCUCCAGACGGUGGCCUUCUGCGACACCUCACCGUCGGGCGGAAUCGGGGCCAUCGAGGAGGACAACGACCUUUACUGCAGCUCCUUUGAUGGCCUGUUCAUCAUCACGCUGAUUCCCUCCGAGGCCUCCAUUCGCUGCUGCAUCGAGCCCAAGACGUACAUGCUCCAGAUGACGCCCACAGAACUGCAGCUCAAGUCGGAGGACCUGGGUGCCACCAUCGCCAUGUGGCCCUAUCGGUUCAUCAGGAAGUACGGCUACCGCGACGGCAAGUUCACCUUCGAGGCGGGCAGAAAGUGCACCACCGGCGAGGGCGUCUUCACGCUGGAUCACACCAAUCCGCAGGAGGUGUUCCGCUGCAUGUCCGCCAAGAUGAAGUCGAUGAAGAAGCUGAUCAGCGGCGACAGCCUGGGCACCUUGGAGUGCGGCGAGAAUCAGUUCAGUGCGGCCGCUGGCAUGGAGCCCGGCUCGCGCAGUCCCCUGCCACCGUCGCCCUCGAGCAAUCCCCAUGGCGGAGAGUUCGAGAUCAAUUCGACGCAAAGUUGCAUUUCCCUGAGGGGUUUCAUCAGCUCCAACGAUUCCCUGAAUAACUUUUCGGCGGGUGGCGCUGGAACUGGAGCAACACCCGGUGGCGCAGGAGGCGGAGGAGGAGCAGGUGGUGGCGGCGGCGUCGUUGGCAAUGCCGGUGGCAUCACCCUGUCCGUGCCCGCAAAUAGCAAUAGCAGCAAACACAUUCCCAACAAGCCGCCACGCAAACCGGGCGGAGUCAGCCCAACAACCCAUUGUGAUAAAUACAGGAACAUUGUGAAAUAUGAGCCUGUGGCCAUAACGACGAUAUCCUCGCCCUCCGCCAGCGCCGAUGUGAACAGCUCGGUGAUACUGAAGCCGCUGGAGGGUGAAUCGAUAUCAUGCCUGCCGGAGAUGUCACCCGAUUUGCCGCCCGACCUGCCGCUGCGCAACGAGAGCGUCCCGAAGGCGCCGCCACCGGAGCGCGACUACGAGUGCAUCGAGAAUAUCACAGAGGCGUGGCGCACGCGGGGCGUGGGCGAUGUGAGGCACUGCGAACGCAUGCCCAUACUCUGCGACACCUCGGAGUUCGUGCGCCAGCGAUCGGUCACAAAAUCAUCAGCCACCUCAUCAUCGGGUGGUCAGAACACACCCAAGAUCAUUGACAUCGACAUUGGCGAGGGCUGUGCGAGUGCCACUUCCCUACCCGAUUCCAAUUACGAUCGUCUGGACUUCCUGUCGCCCAACAACAAGACUUCAAGUGGCUACAAGACCAUCGUGAAUGUCACACUGCCCGGCAAUCCUCGCAAUCCUCCGCCGCCCAAUGAGUACGAGUUGAUCGCUAGUCCCGACACCGAGAGCUUCCGCAAGGCCGACGACAGUCAUCUGGGCUACGGGGUGCUGCGGAAGGCCAGUGGCACGACGAGCAACAACAAUAAUCUGGGAAUCUCCAACUGCAACAUCAGCGGCGGCGGCAGCAGCAGCCUCACCAGUGCCACGGCCAACAAGAGCAGCCUCGAGGCGGCGGCCAUCGAUCAUCGCAGCUACAACGGCCUCAACUACACGAUCGUCAGCAAACCCAAGCGGGUGUAGAGGAUGUGGGAAAGUGGGAUAGGGGAUCCAGAGAUCCUGGGAUCGAACCAGGUGCAGUGGGGUUGGGGUGGCUCAAGGGGAGACAAUCCAAGUUUUAACUUUACUACGCCCAGAACUGUUACUGUUUCCAAUUUUAAGCCAGCGCAUCAUUGUUGCCAUUUUAAAGAUCCAUAUAUUUUUAAGAACUGCGUGAGAUAAACAGCAGCGAACGUGCAUUGUAUUUGGUUUACCAAGUAGUCAUCUUCAUUGCUAUUUUUAUAUUUUUUGAGGAUGAAUCUGUGUGUUGCAAAGCUUUUCCACAUAAUUUGUAAACGAUAAUACUUUUUUUUUAAAGCCUUUUAUUAAAUUCAGGGACCUUACAUAAGAGUGGUUUGUGAUUUUUACUUUAAAUGGCAUAUGCAUUUUUUUUAAAUUAUAUGUGAACUUUGUAAUCGAUUGCCAAUUGUUUUACACCUUUAAAUUCCAAAUAUCACAAAUAACUCUUAUUUACGGUAGCUGUUUAAGUUAAAAUACUUUUUUUUACUGAGUAGUGUCUACUUUAUUUAACUUAUUCACUAAAUUCUACUUUGCUAUAUCAAAAAAAAGUUUAAAUAAUAUUUUUUUUUGUAAAAUUUAAGAACAUUGGAAACAGUGACAGACCAGUUACAUUUUGAAUAUUUUAAUGAAAUGCAUUUCGAGUAUAAGUGAAAAAGAAGAGACUGCCGAGUGCCUUACAGUUCUACAAAACAAAAAACAGGCUGGGGUCCGAGGAAAGGGAGUGCUCCGAAUCUCCAAGUCCCAGAAUCUAUCCUUCCCUCCGACCCCCAGCCAAAAACCAUUCGAAUCGUUCAACUUUUGUAUUUGUUUUUCGUUAAUUAUGUUAAAUUCGUAAGCUGUGAUUGUAUUGUUAAUUGUGAAACUGUUAAAUUUUAGCCAGCACUGCCCGCCACUUGAUCGCACUCGAAAGAACUCCCCCCGGCUCAUACUUAAAAUUGAAAGUGAAAAAACCAAUUCGAGUCCUGGACGCAACGAAAAUUUACAAAGUGUGUGUUGAAUUUGUGUUAAAUAUAUGUGUUUUUGUAUAUUUCAA